GCCUAGAUCAUAAAACUAAUUUAGUUGGUGCUCAGUUCGCUGUGAAGACGCCGGAUUUUGAUAACGCUUUGUGUAACAUAAACGUGUAAACAUGACCGACAUCGAAAAACUUUAUCCUAAUUAUGAUAUGACGGUAUGGUUAAGAACUUGCGAAGAGGAGGUCAAUGAACCUUUGGAAGGAAAGACGACAGGUGUAAUACCGUCAUGGAUACAAGGAGCUCUAUUGAGAAAUGGUCCCGGAUGCAACAAAAUCGGUCCCUAUCAGUACGAACAUGUGUUUGACGGGUUGGCCCUAAUACACAGGUUCGCCAUUAAAGAUGGAAAGGCGACUUACCAAUGCCGAUUCCUUCGAUCGGAGACUUAUAAAAAAAAUAUGACGGCAAAACGUAUCGUUAUGACGGAGUUCGGAACGAGGGCUGUCCCAGAUCCUUGUAGAACAAUAUUUGAUAGAAUAUCUUCUAUUUUUAAUUUUACCCUCGAGAAGACGGAUAACGCAGGAGUUUCGGUAUAUCCCUUCGGAGAUCAGAUAUACGCCCUCACAGAAGUACCAGUACUUUAUAAAAUUGACCCGGUAAGCCUCGAAACCUUGGGUAAGGAGACUCUCGCGGACUCGUUGGUGGUGAACCACACAGCUCAUCCUCACAUCAUGCCUAACGGUGACGUAUACAACGUAGGCAUGAAUGCCGUGAAGGGAGAUAUAAGGCACGUGAUCGUGAAGUUUUCCCACAGCGAAAAAGGGAACAUGUUUGAAACAGCAGAAAUAGUCUGCGGCGCUAGACCAAGAUGGAAAUACAAUCCUGCCUACAUGCAUUCGUUUGGUAUAACAGAGAACUACUUCGUCAUAAUGGAGCAACCGUUAGUAAUAUCUCUACUGAGUCAUUUACGUCGCUACAUCAUCAGCGUACCCGUUGACAGUACCCUCGUCAGCUAUCCAGAGUAUGAGACGAACAUAAUUCUUUUAAACAGAGAGACAGGCGAGGAGAAACGUUAUUCUACGGACACGAUAUUCUUUAUGCAUAUGAUUAAUUGCUUCGAAGAGGACGGGAAGGUGAAAGUCGACUUAUGUUCGUAUAAGGAUUCAAAUAUUCUUAAAUCGAUGUACACCUCCGCUAUUAAGAAUAUGCAGAGUAACCCUGAGUAUGGCCAGUGGUGCCAAAGUCGCCCCAAACGAAUAGAGAUACCUCUCGACGCACCAUCUCUGAGCAAAGUUAAGACACACCUUAUUGCAGACGUGGGAGUCGAGGCGCCAAUGAUUAAUUACAAAUUAUGUAAUGGAAAACCUUACAGAUAUUUCUAUGGCAUCGGAUUGGAUAUUGAUUCUAUUUAUGCUGGAUCGAUUAUCAAAGUAGACACGCAUAGUGGCGCUGUGUCAUAUUGGAAAGACACGAAAUCUUAUCCCAGCGAACCUGUAUUUAUUGCAAAUCCUGACGCUCAGGACGAAGACGAUGGUAUUUUACUUAGUGCGGUACUGUGGGGUGAUAACGACCGGGCUAUUACAUUGGUAGUGUUAAACGCUAAAAAUUUGGAAGAAAUCGCACGAACAGACUUCAUAACACCUUCACAAACUACUAAAUGUUUCCACGGAUGGUUUUUGCCGGAUCAAGUUAAAUAAAGUAGAACUAGUGUUCAAUUGAAAAAUAAACAAAAAUUAAGUCCUUAGUCGGAAAGUAUUGUUAGCAUUUAAAUUUGUUAUUCUGACAAUUAUUAAAAUAUUGGAUCUUAUAUCGAUAUUACUUUUAUUGCUUAUUCGUUUAAUACCUGAACAGUACAAAUAUGACGACAGCAUCUUUCUAAUAGUUAAUAUUCAUUUUCGUCAGUCGCUAUCUUUGUUAUAUGUUUUGCAGGGUAGUUACACAAUAAAUACGGCUACCAUUGUAUUGUUCUUGCUGUAAUUAUUAUUUUUUGAAGUACCGAAAGAGCAUAAAGAUGAAGACACCAUCUUACGAAUAGUUUAUAGCAAUUUGCUGAUGUGUCAGUCGCUAUCUUCGUCAUCUAUUAGCGGGAUUGUUAUCCUAUAAAUAUAAUAAUUUAUAAGUAAUAAAACAGUUAUUAUUAUUUACUGUGCGGUUAACGUUGGUACUCGAUAAAUGGCGUAUAAGUGAUUAGUGUGUAUUUGUAGUGUGUUAUUCAAUGUAGUUAAAAGUGAGUAGAGUCAUUAAGUGUUUCCAUUCUUUUUUACUUUUCUACAGUACCUAUUGUAUUAUAUUAUAAUUAUUUGUCACUUAACGAUCGCUACUUUUUAUAUGGAAUGGAUCCUGAUUGACUAUGAUUAACAUCUUAUAUCCGUGUAUCUCGAUAAAAGAAAACCAAUAAACAUAAUUAAUGUAAUUAACAUAAUCUAUCACUUUAUGAAGAGCAAUGCACCUUUUCAGUUUACUAACAAAUAUUUUAUUAUUUAAAAAAAAUCACAGUCUUAUACUUAGUUUUAUCAUUAUAUAUCAAUUAAUAGCUUAUGUAGGCUAAAACAGAUAUUUAGACAUAAUCAUGGAAAUGGUAGCCUCUAAAAGAGUCCCUCCCAAUGGAUGGACAUUUUUGAAUAUGAUUUUAGGUAGCAAGAAAUCAUGAGGCUUUUAUAUUUUAAUGCAUUGAUAUUUAUUUUAACGAUUUAAAUAAAUUAUACAAUACAA